UUAUUAUUAUUUAAUUUGGUGUGAAUCCUGUAUAUACAGAAUACAGGUUUUAUUGGAGACAAAAUGGACGAAUAGCAACCAAAAAAAUAAUGCGUACAACUUUAAUCCUACAUGCAAGGCAUGUGUAGACUAUUUGGACACUCUCAUCUCAUCUCGAGAUGAGUUUGGCUGCGAAUUUUGCCAGAAAACGCAUUUGGGAUGUUAAGUCGGAUUUGAAGAAUAACUCUUCUCACGGACUUUUCAUCUACUUGGACUGAAGAACCUUCUGCUUCUACACUUUUUUCUUUCUUUCUUUGAGUACAUCAGCUCUCUGCGUGUUUGUGGACUCUCGGGUGUAAACAUGCUCCAGUGCGCCGGGUGCGAGCGGCCCAUCAUGGACAGGUUCCUCCUGAACGUGCUGGACCGCGCGUGGCACGCCAAAUGCGUCCAGUGCUGCGACUGCAAGUGCAACUUAACGGAGAAAUGCUUCUCCAGAGAGGGCAGGCUUUACUGCAAAACGGACUUUUUUAGACGGUACGGCACAAAGUGCGGAGGCUGCUCUCAGGUCAUCUCCCCUACUGACCUCGUCCGGAAGGCCAGAGGCAAAGUGUUUCACCUCAACUGCUUCACGUGCAUCAUAUGCAACAAGCAGCUGUCCACCGGUGAAGAGCUCUACAUCCUGGACGAGUCGAAAUUCGUUUGCAAAGAGGAUUACCUGAGCAACAGCACCGGCAAGGACGCCAACCUGCUCUCCAUAACGACGUGCAGUGAGCCGAGCCUGUCUCCGGACUCUCAGGACCCACAGGAUGAUGGGAAAGACUCGGAGGCGGGUCACCUUUCGGAUAAAGACACGUGCAGUAACGAGAACGACGAGCAGAGCGCGGGGGCGAAGCGACGCGGCCCGCGCACCACCAUCAAAGCCAAACAGCUCGAGACGCUCAAAGCGGCGUUCGCGGCCACGCCCAAACCCACGAGGCACAUCCGGGAACAGCUCGCGCAGGAGACCGGCCUCAACAUGCGGGUCAUUCAGGUAUGGUUCCAGAACCGGCGCUCAAAGGAAAGACGUAUGAAGCAGCUGAGUGCACUGGGGGCGAGACGUCAUGUGCUGUUCCGCAGCGCGAGGAGAAUGAGGGCGCUGGGGGAGCGAGUAGAGCCUGCCGAGCUCAUGAUGCCCAAUGGACACUUCUCUUAUUACGGAGAUUAUCAAGGCGAAUACUACGGACCAGGAGGCAACUACGACUACUUCCCCCACGGUCCUCCAUCCUCACAGGCGCAAACUCCCGGCGAUCUGGGCUACGUUCCCUCCUCAGGCCCAGCUGGCACUCCACUGGGCACCAUGGACCUUCAUCAUUCUGGGCAUCACCCCUCCGGAGAGACCCAGUGUUUUGGCGAGAUGGUGCCACAGCAUCCAGUCGACUCCCCCAGCCCGGAGCAUAGCAUCUCGGCGGACAUGAGUGGCGCAUUCACUUCGAUUGGCUCACUUGGUACUAAUGGAUACAGCAGUCAGCUCUCUCAGCCUUCCUCAGAAAUGAGUGAAGGUACCGUGUGGUAGCUGUGAGCGCUUGGGCCGACAGAUGUGGCCAAACAGACUAAGGUUUAAUACAGCCUGUAAAAAAAUGGACCUGAAAUGGACAUGAACAUGGACGUUUUGAUUGAUCUAUUAUGUUAUGUAUUUAUCUAUUUAUUUGUCUAUUUAUUUAAUGUAUUUAUCUAUUUAUGGACACUGUAUGACUUUAAUUGGUUUGUUUACAUUUCUAUUUAUUCAUUUGGCAGACAAUUUUAUACAAAGCGCUUUUAUUACAAAUGAAGCAGAAACCAGUGUCCAGGGUCGGUUGAAUUUGAACCACUGAACUGCUGAGUACCCGUGGUUGACUGCAUAAUAAUAGUAAAUGUCAACAAUGGUUCUGUCAAUCUUGACAGCGGCACUAUUAUUUGUCCUGCCAAAAAAAGGCUUAUUUAUUUAUUAACGUCCAUGAAUACAUAGGAGCCACGGUAUCUACCGCUUUAAACUGUUAAUUGCUAAUAAAUGGUUUAUUAUUGCCAAUAAAUCUGCUGAAUUAACAUAUAAUAGAUGCUGAGAGUUUGCAAAACAUGUCUGGACAUGUUAUUUCUGUUCACUUGGUUCUGUAUC